AUGGGGACGGCUACAUGCAGGGCCAAAGAGCCUUGGAUGCAACUCCAAACGUUUCUGACUUCCUGGAGGGCCAGAGAGCAAGACUGGGACCAGCAUCUGGAUGACGUAUACAUGUUGCAGCAGAAGAGGAUUCAAGACUCACCACUGCUCCAGGCAGCCCAGAAAAAUGACCUGUGUACCCUGAAAAAACUUCUGCUGGACCGAACCUGCGACUUCCAACAAAGAGGGGCCCUGGGGGAGACGGCGUUGCAUGUGGCUGCCCUCUAUGACAACCUGGAGGCUGCAAUCAUGCUGUUGGAUGCCGCCCCACAGCUGGUCAGGGAGCCCAGCACAUGCGAGCCCUUUGCUGGUCAGACGGCCCUGCACAUCGCCAUCGUGAACCAGAACGUGAACCUGGUGCGCGCCCUGCUCGCCCACGGUGCCAGCGUCUCAGCCAGAGCCACUGGCAGCGCCUUCCACUACAGCCCCCUCAACCUCAUCUACUUCGGGGAACACCCCUUGACCUUUGCCGCCUGCGUGGGUAGUGAGGAGAUCGUGAGGCUACUCUUGGAGCAUGGGGCUGACCUUCGUGCCCAGGACGCUCUGGGCAACACGGUGCUGCACAUCCUCACACUGCAGCCCAACAAGACCUUUGCCUGCCAGAUGUACAACCUGCUCCUCUCCUAUGAUGGGCUGGACAGCCAGCUGCAGCCCCUAGACCUCGUGUGCAACAACCAGGGCCUCACCCCCUUCAAGAUGGCAGGCGUGGAGGGCAACACAGUGAUGUUCCAGCACCUGGUACAGAAGCGGAAGCACAUCCAGUGGACAUAUGGGCCACUGACCUCCACCCUAUAUGACCUCACGGAGAUUGAUUCCUGGGGAGAGGAGGUGUCUUUUCUGGAACUUGUGGUCUCCUCCAAGAAGCGGGAGGCACGUCAGAUCCUGGAACAGACCCCUGUAAAGCAGCUGGUGAACUUCAAGUGGAAGAAAUAUGGAAGGACCUACUUCUGCGUGCUGGGUUCCUUGUAUGUGUUUUACAUGUUUUGCUUUACCAUGUGCUGUGUCUACCGCCCCCUCAAGUUCCGGGAUGGCAAUCGCACCGAUGCUAGAGACAACACUAUUCUUCAACAGAAACUCCUGCAAGAAGCCUAUGUGACUAAUGAGGAUAAGUUCCGGUUGGUGGGGGAGCUGGUGACCAUCAUUGGGGCAGUGAUUAUCCUGCUCUUAGAGAUCCCGGACAUCUUCAGAGUGGGUGUCUCUCACUACUUCGGACACACUGUCCUUGGAGGUCCAUUCCACGUCAUCAUCAUCACCUAUGCCUUCCUGGUGCUGGUGACCAUGGUGAUGCGGCUCUCCAACAUGGAUGGCGAGGUGGCGCCCAUGUCUAUCGCCCUUGUGCUGGGCUGGUGCAGUGUGAUGUACUUUGCCCGAGGAUUCCAGAUGUUGGGGCCCUUCACCAUCAUGAUUCAGAAGAUGAUUUUUGGAGACUUAAUGCGUUUUUGCUGGCUCAUGGCAGUGGUUAUCUUGGGUUUUGCUUCAGCGUUCUAUAUUAUCUUCCAGACAGAGAACCCAAACAAUCUGGGCCAUUUCUACGAUUACCCAAUGUCCCUGUUCAGCACCUUCGAGCUGUUCCUCACCAUCAUUGAUGGACCUGCCAACUAUGAUGUGAACUUACCCUUCAUGUAUGGCAUUGUCUAUUUUGCCUUUGCCAUCAUCGCCACACUGCUCAUGCUCAAUCUGUUUAUUGCCAUGAUGGGUGAUACCCACUGGCGAGUGGCCCAUGAACAAGAUGAGCUGUGGAGGGCACAGGUUGUGGCCACCACCGUGAUGCUGGAGCGGAAACUGCCCCGUUUCCUGUGGCCUCGCUCAGGCAUUUGUGGGUAUGAGUAUGGCCUGGGGAAUCGCUGGUUUUUGAGAGUUGAGAGCCACCAUGAUCAAAAUUCUCUGCGUGUACUUCGCUACGUGGAAGCAUUCAAGAGCUCAGAUAAGGAGGAUGGACAAGAGCAUCUUUCUGAGAAACAACCCUUUGUGGUAGAAAAUGAGACUCUUACCAGACCAUUUGUGGCCCUUCCGACUCCUUCUGUGUCCCGGACCACCUCUCGCAGCAGUAGUAGUAAUAGGGGCUGGGAAAUCCUUCGGCGUAACACAUUGGGGCACUUGAACCUUGGAUUGGACCUUGGUGAGGCAGAUGGAGAGGAGAAAGUAUACCAUAUAUGA